GGAACUUGGUUGCAGUGAUAUUAUAUUAAAUAGACAUUAAGUAGAUUUGGAAUUCGUUGAUGACCGAGUUGCAAUAGGUGUCAAAGGAAUAAUCUGCACACGUACACGCUAUACAAGUGCAGUUCACCAGCAUUUGCCUAUACGUUUGUAAUAGAUAGGAGAGGACACUAGGGGAGUAAUGAGUAGGUGGCUGUCAGUUGCAUUGGAGUUCCGUGUGAUCAUCGUACGUUGCCUGUGCUCCACCGUCAUGUUACGUUUUAUGGUGAUACUAUUUCUGUUAAUCGUAUUGCUGCUGAACAGCCAGGAGGUUCUCGGUCGAAGGGGACGAGGCAGAGGUAAGACCAGAUCGCGUGUUCAGAUAGGAUUGCCUAUAACUGGAAAGUACCGUGAUCCAGAAAGUGAUCAAUAUUACAACAACCAUAACGGCGCAAAGAUAUUGUUGGCGUCGCACUUCGACUUGGAGUAUGUUUUAGGACACAAAAUCGCUUUCCUUUGUGUCGCACGUGGAAAUCCACGCCCGCACAUCACAUGGUUUAAAGAUGGUGCUGAGAUUUACACUCAUCUCUACCUACACGUGCACGAAUGGCAAGUUGGGACGGAUAAAGUAAAGUCAAAACUAGAGAUUGAUCCUGCUACUCAAAUGGAUGCUGGGGUCUACGAAUGCACAGCCGACAAUAUGUACAGCAUCGAUCGCAGGUCCUUCAAGACUGACUUUUCUAUUGCUUUCGAUUAGAUAUACAUCCCCUUAGUAGUUUAGAAAAAGUAAUCAUAGAUUAUAUCUUUAGGAGUAUGAAAUAAUCCUCCAGAUGUACAGCUUUUGUAUAUCAAAUUAGACAAUAAAUU